UUUGAUCCUAUGUCCUCCAGUUCAAAAAAGGAAAAGCACAUUUUAACUAAAAAUGUUGUUUCCUAUGGGGCAGUGCCAUUUUCAAGAUUUGAAACACAUUGCUUCUUCAUUCUCUUUCCUCCAGUGGAAAAGAAAAUGGUUUCACAUUAGCUUCCCUGGAAUCAUCCAAUUUGUUCUUCCCUCUAAUACUGCAAUUCUUCUUUAGAUUUCUCUACUUUCUCCUCAACAAGGUGCUGUUGAAGGUCUUGAUGCCCACAUCAUAAAAGGUUAUGUCAUACAUGACAUGGAAAGCAAGACAGAGGUGGAAGUCCCUUAUCCUCUGGAUGAAAGCAGUCAAGUGCAAUGUGGGACAGCAUUUCACCAUGGACGUUUCAUCAUUGGUCUCAGAAAUGCAGCCAUGGCAGAACCCAAUGUGCGAUUCAUUGAAGGAACAGUGACACACUUACUGGAGGAGGAUGGAAAAGUAACAGGAGUUCAAUACAAAGAGAAAGAAGGUGGUGAUAUAAAGGAACUCUAUUGCCCAUUGACUGUGGUUGCUGAUGGACAUUUCUCCAAGUUCAGGAAAAACUUAGUGAAGAACAAAGUCAAUGUAUCAUCACAUUUCGUUGGGUGCAUUAUGAAGGACUCUCCACAAUUCAAACCGAACCAUGCUGAACUUGUUCUUGCCAACCCUAGUCCUAUUCUUAUCUAUCAAAUUUCAUCCAGUGAAACACGGGUAUUAGUGGACAUCAGAGGGGAAAUGCCAAGAUGCCUUAAAGACUAUAUGAUUGAGAAAAUCUCUCCGCAGCUUCCAGAACAUAUAAAAGAGCCAUUCCUACUGGCAGUUCAGAAUGAUCGUCUGCGGACAAUGCCAGCAAGCUUCCUUCCGCCUUCACCAGUGAAUAAACCAGGUGUGCUGCUUUUGGGUGAUGCUUAUAACAUGCGCCAUCCUCUCACAGGGGGUGGGAUGAGCGUUGUUCUGAAUGAUGUAAGGAUAUGGAAAUGUCUCUUGCGCGACAUUCCAGAUCUCCAUGACAAUGAAGCAUUGCUAAAGGCCAAGAAGAAAUUUCAUUGGACACGGAAGAAGUCCCACUCAUUUGUAGUGAAUGUCCUGGCUCAAGCACUGUAUGAGCUAUUUGCUGCUACAGAUGAUUCCUUGCAUCAACUCCGGAAGGCUUGCUUUCAUUAUUUCAAACUGGGUGGACAGUGUGUGACAGGACCAGUGGGUCUCUUAUCAGUGCUAUCUCCUGAACCAAUGACUCUGAUUAGACACUUCUUUGCUGUGGCACUCUACGCAGUCUAUUUCUCUUUCAAGAGAGAACCGUGGUACAUGAAACCAAGAGCGUUGUUGAAUGGUACUGUCAUUAUCUAUCGGGCAUGCUCAGUUAUUUUUCCACUCAUUUAUUCUGAAAUUAAGUACCUUGUUUACUGAAUAACAUGAAAACCAUAAAAACAAGGAAGAACAGAAUAUCACACUGAGCCUUUGCAGUAGAUGGACAUUACCUCAUUGUUGUGUCUAAAGAUUGGUACUGUUGUCUAAAGAGUCAAGACCCCUCCUGUGGCCAAUUGAGUAGCAGAAUGUUUGUUAAUAUUACAACAUGCAGUUAUGUGAUACAACUAUGUAACUGCAAGAUACUUAACAAGCACAUGUUUAUGGUGUACAUAAAAUGACUUGUGUCAUUUAUUGCAAAUCAACCACACUUGAAACAGCGUUGAAUCUGGCUUUUGGCACUCAGCUUGCCACAUUGCUGUUAAUGAUGCGCUUUCAUUUAUCAUUCCAAUUGUUCAAAGUCAAACAUCAAUCUAAAACAUUUGAAAAAGUUUUGUCCCCAAACUGAAUGGCUCCCCAAGUAGGGGAAGAGGGGUGAAGAGAAUAGAGAGAAUUAUCUUUACCUGGCUGCAUUUAAACAAUAUAUUGUUUGUAAUAAGUAGAAAUUGCAUUUGCCUGAUGAUUUCACUACUGCCAAAAUAUUCCAGCUUCAUCAAAUCAGAUCUCAGACACUGAUCAUUCCUUCAGGGCAAUGUGGUCUAAUAAAUUCUUAUUAAAAAGUGGGAUAAUAUUAAGACCAACAUGGUGCAUCACUGGAAGUAGGAUUUGAUUUAUAGGUGCUAUUCGACUUGGUGUUAUGGACAAGUUUCACUAAUUCACAAAGAGUUAACUCUGUAUGGUCCUUUAUAUCACAGUGAUUGGUUUUCAAAAGGACUGUAAAAGCCAGUGGAACCAGUGUUUCAUUAGGAAGAAUAACAUUCGAUCAAUAGUAAUCGAGUUACAGCUGCUGAGCUGAAGCCAGAAGCUAAAAAAGGCAGAUAUAAAGUGUAAUCCAAUAGACAGGCAGAAAAAAAAUCAAUCAUUUGGUGGGUUUCAAAGUUUCCUCUGUAAAAUGAUUGUCUAUGUGCCUACAUUUUCCUUACUUUAUGUACAUAUAUUUUUGAGGGGUAAAUUAUUUACAGUACUGAUUUGUAACUGCUAAAUGUUACUUGUUUUCAAAUUUACAAAGCACUGCAGGCACAUCGAGAGCUGGCUAAACAAAUUUGGUGCAAUUUGUGUUCUGCAGGGUCAAAUAUAUUUAGAUUUGGUUUUGGAUUUUUUUCAUCACUGGUUGAUAAAAUGAAACUUAAUUUGUGCCAAACAGACCACACAUAUUUUCCCUGAAUAGCAUCUUCUUGGUCUAAUGUUUGCAUCUGAAAUUUGUAAACCAUAUUGAAAUGUAUAUUAUGUACAACUGUAAAAGCAGUAAUGAACUCGCCCUGAUGAUAUUUGUCCAUUAUCUUUAACUAUUCGACCAUUAAUACUAUGGAUGUUACUAUAUUAGUAUACAACAUUUGAUUAAAAAGUUUAUAAUUUG